CUGAUCACGCUCAAGGCGCUGAAGGCGCUCCGCCGCGCCCAGGUGGUCGCCUAUCCCGCGCCGCCGGAGGGCGAGAGCCUCGCCCGCAGCAUCGCCGCGCCCCAUCUCCCCGGCGGGCAGGAGGAAAUCGCAAUCCGCAUGCCGCUGGAGCCCAGCCGCUUCCCGGCGGCGGAGGUCUAUGACGACGCGGCGGCGGCGCUCGGCGCGCGGCUCGACGAGGGGCGCGACGUCGCGGUGCUCUGUGAGGGCGACCCCUUCGUCUACGGCUCCUUCCUCUAUCUCUUCGAGCGUCUGGCGGCGCACCACCGGGUGGAGGUGAUCCCUGGCGUCUCCUCGCCCAUGGCCUGCGCUGCGGCGCUCGGCCUGCCGCUGGCGGCCCGCAACGACGUGCUGGCGGUGAUCCCGGCCCUCUCGAUGCCCAGCGGCUCACCGCCCAGCUCGCCAACUGCGAUGCGGCUGCGAUCGUCAAGGCGCGGCGUGGCGCUGAGCGGGGCCGCGGUGGUGAUCCUGGACCGGCGCCAGGUGGCGCUUGCGCGGCGCAUCAAGGCGGCGCUUCCCGGCGCGGCGAUCCACGGCCCUGCGUCCCUCGAAGGCGACGCCGAUGUCACUUACGAGCGCCUCGCGUCCCAUCUCCCCGCCCUCUUCCGCAGAGGGACGCCGAUCGUCGGCAUCUGCGCCGCCGGUAUUCUCAUUCGCCUCCUCGCGCCGCAUCUCGCGGAUAAGAGCGCCGAGCCGCCGGUGAUCGCGGUCUCGGAGGACGGCCAGAGCGUCGUACCCCUGCUGGGCGGCCAUCACGGCGCGAACCGGCUCAGCCGUACCAUCGCGGUGGCCCUCGGCGCCCGCGCUGCGAUCACCACUGCAGGCGAUACGGCACUGGGUUUCGCCCUAGACGCGCCGCCCCCCGGCUGGCGCCUCGGCGAGGGUGCCCUGGUGAAGGAAGUCACCGCCGCGCUGCUCGCGGGCGAGCCGGUGCGCCUCGUGACCGAGGCCGCCUCGGCCGACUGGCUGACGGCAGGCGGCGCGCCGUUCGGGGACUGGGGCCGCCUCACCCUCCGCAUCACAGACCGGAGCGUGGUGCCGGGCGACGAUGUGGCCGAUGUCACGCUGCAUCCCGCCGUCUUGGCCCUCGGCCUCGGCUGCGAGCGGGGCUGCGCGCCGAAGGAGCUCAUCCUUCUGGCCAAACGCGUGCUCGUGGCAGGCGGGCUUGCGCCGGAGGCCGUGGCCUGCGUCGCCUCCCUCGACCUGAAGGCGGACGAGCCGGCGGUGAGCGCCGUCGCAGCGUGGCUCGGCGUGCCGCUCCGCCUCUUCGACGCCGCGACCCUGGAACGCGAGACCCCGAGGCUCACGGCGCCGUCGGAGGUCGUGUUCCGCGCCGUCGGCUGCCACGGCGUGGCGGAGGCCGCGGCAUUGGCCUGCGCAGGCGCUGAGGGCACGCUCGCCAUGCCCAAGGCACGGAGCGAACGGGGCACCUGUGCCAUCGCCAGGGCGCCCGCGAUCAUCGAGCCCGAGCGCUGCGGGCGCGGGCGCGGGCGCGUCACGGUGGUGGGCAUCGGCCCCGGCGCUCAGGCGUGGCGGACGCCGGGCGCCGACGCCGCCAUCGCCGGCGCCACCGACCUCGUGGGCUACGGCCGCUAUCUCGACCUGCUCGGGCCGCCCCCGCCGGGCUGUGCGCGCCACGCCUACCCCAUCGGCGCGGAGGAGGAGCGCGCACGCGCCGCGCUCGCGCUCGCGGCAGAAGGGCGCCGCGUCGCCUUGGUCUCCUCGGGCGAUGCCGGCGUCUACGGCAUGGCCUCGCUGCUCUUCGAGCUGUUGGACGGCGAGGCCGGCAACCAGGGCUGGCGCGGCAUCGAGCUUGCCGUGGAGCCCGGCAUCAGCGCGCUGCAGGCCGCCGCCGCCCGCGCCGGCGCGCCCAUCGGCCACGAUUUCUGCGCCAUCUCGCUCUCCGACCUGCUGACGCCCUGGCCGGUGAUCGCGCGGAGGCUCCGGGCCGCUGCCGAGGCCGACUUCGUGGUGGCGCUCUACAACCCCGCGUCAAGGCAGCGCCGCAGCCGGCUCGCAGAGGCGCGGAAUAUCCUCGCCACCCACCGGCGGCUCGACUGCCCCGUGGUCGUCGCCCGCAAUCUCGGGCGGGAGGGCGAGCGCGUCGACGUCACCACCCUCGCCGGUUUCGAUGCAAAGGCUGUCGACAUGCUCACCGUCAUCGUCGUCGGCAACAGCCAGACCCGGCGGCUGGAGUGGGACGGGCGGGCGUGGCUCUACACGCCGCGCGGCUAUGCGCCCGGCACCGCGGCGAAGCCUUGCGCGACGAAGAGCGCGUGA